CACUUAAAUCUCUGGAGCCCCGUGGCCCUGCUGCAGGGGGCUAUUAUCAUGUAUUAACCAUUAAGUGAUGGACUCUACCGAGGGGGCUGCGCUCGUCCUCCCGGUCCUAAUGACACCGGAGGGACCGAGGGAGGCAGAGAUGUGACAACAUCCGUCCGAGCGGCUUCAGAGCGUCGGCAGCUCCCGGUCCCCUCCGCACAGGAGCACCGCGGCGCCCCAGGAAACACCGAGGAUCAGGGCCUCCUGUCCGGAUGACUCCCACCCAGCCGCCCUGCGGAGCUAGCAUUCGGCUAAGCUAACAGAUGUCUUCCUUGCUUUAGAUAUAACUGCAGAUGGGAAACUUGACACGUCUAUUUGAGGCGUGUGGAGCCGGGGGCUGUUAAAGGGGGUUUGUUGUCACUGGGUGUCCGGACAUCAGCGUCUCUAGGACCGCGAGUGACGGUGACAUCUGCCGAAGCUCCUCCAGGCAUGAUGGAAGGACUUCAUAGUCAGGCUAUAAGCCUGGACCCACGCAAGCAGGAACUGCUUGAGGCCCGCUUCACCGGAGUUGGUUUGGCCAAGAGUUCAGCCAACAGUGAAUCAUCCAACCAGUCUGUGUGCAGCGCAGGAUCACUGAGUGAUAAGGAACUGGAGUCACCAGAGAAGAAGACCAAUGAACAGAGAAGCAGGAAGAGAAAAGGAGACAUCUAUGACAGCAAUAGCCAGGGAAAAGGAAGAGGACACAAAAUAAGUGAUUAUUUUGAGUUUGCUGGUAGCAGUGGCUCUGGCAACAGUCCUGCCCGGGGCAUCCCCAUGCUGGUGCGCUCCUCUCCACAGCACUCACUGUCUAAUCCUCUGUUUCAGCAUGGCAGUCCUUCCUCCACAGGCUCGGCCCACACAGACUCUUCAUCCUGCAGCUCUGUGAAGACGGCCCCCUCACACUCCUGCACACACAAAGCCACACAGUCAGAGCUGACGCUGCUGAAACUGGCGGCACUGGAGAGGAACAAACACUCUGACCUGGAGCAGAAGGAGGAAAGGAUAGACGACCUGCUGAGGGCGAACUGUGACUUGAGGCGGCAGGUCGAUGAGCAGCAGAAGAUGCUGGAGCGCUACAAAGAGCGGCUCAACAAGUGUGUGACCAUGAGCAAGAAGCUGCUGAUUGAGAAGUCAAAGCAGGAGAAGAUGGCUUGCAGGGACAAGAGCAUGCAGGACCGCCUGCGUCUGGGUCACUUCACUACCGUACGCCACGGAGCCUCCUUCACUGAACAGUGGACCGAUGGAUUCGCCUUCCAGAACCUAAUCAAGCAACAAGAGAAGAUCAACUCGCAGCGUGAGGAGAUGGAGAGGCAGAGGAAGCUGCUGGGGAAGAGGAAACCGCCUUCCAUGGCCCAGACGCCUCCACCCAGCCUGGAACAGAACAGAAGAAAGAGCAGGAGCAACGGCCAAGAGAAUGAAACGCUGUCACUGGCAGAAUAUCAUGAGCAAGAAGAGAUUUUCAAACUCCGAAUUGGUCAUCUAAAAAAGGAAGAAGCAGAGAUCCAGUCCGAGCUGGAGCAUUUGGAGCGAGUUAGAAACCUGCACAUUCGGGAGCUGAAGAGAAUCCACAAUGAGGACAAUUCACAGUUUAAAGACCACCCGACGCUGAAUGACAGAUAUCUGCUGUUAUAUUUACUUGGAAGAGGCGGCUUUAGUGAAGUUUUCAAGGCAUUUGAUUUGACAGAGCAAAGGUAUGUGGCCAUUAAAAUCCAUCAACUCAACAAGAACUGGAGGGAGGAGAAGAAGGAAAACUACCACAAACACGCCUGUCGAGAGUACAGAAUCCACAAAGAACUCGACCACCCGAGAAUAGUCAAACUCUAUGACUAUUUCUCACUUGACACAGACUCGUUCUGCACAGUCCUGGAGUACUGUGAAGGCAACGAUCUGGAUUUCUACUUGAAGCAGAAUAAGCUGAUGACGGAGAAGGAGGGCCGCUCCAUCGUCAUGCAGAUCGUCAACGCUCUCAAGUACCUCAACCAGAUCCGGCCACCCAUCAUCCACUAUGACCUCAAGCCUGGAAACAUCCUGUUGGUUAACGGCACAGCAUGCGGAGAAAUUAAGAUCACCGACUUCGGCCUGUCUAAGAUCAUGGAUGAUGACAGCUACAGCUCGGCAGAUGGCAUGGAGCUGACCUCACAGGGAGCAGGCACCUACUGGUACCUCCCUCCGGAAUGUUUUGUGGUGGGCAAGGAGCCCCCCAAAAUAUCCAACAAGGUGGAUGUGUGGUCACUUGGGGUCAUCUUUUACCAGAGCUUAUAUGGACGCAAGCCGUUUGGCCAUAACCAGUCGCAACAGGAUAUUCUUCAAGAAAACACCAUUCUGAAAGCCACUGAGGUGCAGUUUCCUCCCAAACCUGUGGUCACCACAGAAGCAAAGGCUUUCAUCCGACGUUGCCUGGCUUAUCACAAGGAGGAUCGCGUGGACGUGCUGCAGCUGGCCAGUGACCCCUUUCUAAUGCCCCACAUUCGAAAAGCCCUGGGCAGCAGCGCACCUCUGGCUCCUCCUCUUCCCUCCACAUCCGACUGAAGCGAGCUGAAAGAAACUGGAGUAAAACACCAGUGAGGACAAAAGCUACGCAGCGGCAUCGCACACUCUGAAGCUCCUCCUUCGCUGUCUCGAUGGCGAAGGAGCAGAGAGCAUGAUGGGACGGGGAGAUCCUGAAAGUGUGAAUGGAACCAAAAUGACGGAUGAUGUGGUUAUGUAGCAGUAAAUGUGCCCACCACCAUCGUCCAAAUGGUUAAAAAAAAAAAUUAACGGCCAGUCUCUGGCUGAGGGCUCAAUAGAACCCAAAGAUUUGUCCAUAUGCAUGCACUAACAAAAACUUUAGCUCAUUUCGAGGGUCUUUCUAACGAGAGAAAUAGUAAAAGCACCCAAAAAAUUGCACAACAGUCAGGCUGAGAGAUACGCCAUGUGUGGAAGAUCACCUGCCUGUACUCUGGAAGGUUUAGAAGAAGUGCUAAUGAAAGCUCAUUCCAUCCUGCUUGACAUUCAUCGUCUAAACUAUUUGAGAACUUUACGUGGAAACUAUCUUUCCGAACUAGAGGUUGGUUUCAAAGAUGUUUCCCUUUAGGUUUGAACAUGGCACUUUUUUUAGAAAGGGCUCCGACAAGCGAUGAGGAAGUGACUGAUGACCAAAGUUUAGGGAUGUUGUUGUGGCAGCAUUAGAGAUUCAUGAAUGAAUUUAUAGAGAAAUGGGAUGAUUCUGAGAAGAGCAACUGGUGUUGACCUAUUUUAAAGAGAUUUUACUGGAUAACUGGAAGUCGGCUUAUUAUUUUGAUUAAGUAAAUAUUUUUCCAUGAAAUUUACCCCUUCUAAUGUUUUUGUUAACCUUAAAUGGGGGGUGGGGGGCUGACUGAGUGAGUGUUGUGAUGAGAGGUUCGAUUCAACAGAAAUGAUUAUAAAACCAUUAAAAACGUUUGGUUUA